AUGGCCGCUCAGCCGCCUCAGGGCAUCUCAGGUCACGGCCAACACCGGCACACAGCACGGCCGUCGUUCCAGGUCAAAGGACUCCGCCUCCAGCAAGCCGUCCGCCCCGCCAGGAUCUACGCCUCCGCCCCUUCCGGCGUGGACGUCUCCGUUGUGCGAGCGGUGGAGAGUAGCCCCGCCCUCACGCCCGCGGGGACAUCCUCCGCCCACGCUUCCACGCCCGCGGAGAGCUCGCCCGCCCGUCUCCCGUCGGCGUUUGGUCACUACAGUCCUCGGUAUUACCUGUACAAGUCGAACGUGACGGACCACCGCUACUUCGCCAUCAAUGAGUUCGGAGGAAAUAUCACCACGGCGAGGUUCAUAGACCGAGCGGUAGACAAGGAAUACCGCCUGAUCGUGGUAGUCCUGGUAGGUGGUCGUGCUGCCAACCAGGAAUUAUCCAUCAGUGUAACGCAAUACAACCAGUAUGCGCCGCGCCUCGCUCUCGACCAGUACAGUGCGGAGGUGGUGGUGACGGCUGACAUCGGGACGCCUCUCCUGACGGUGGAGGCGGCUGACGACGACGAGGUGGCCUACAACCGCGAGAUUUACUACUUCCUGACGUCGCCUGAGGCCGGCACGGAGGUCGACCCCUUCCUGGAGCCUCCGUCAUGGUCCCCCGUGGGCGUGGAUCGAGACACGGGCGAGCUGCGAGUGACGCGGGCGCUGUCCCUGGAGGCGUCCCCGCUGCGUCUCGUCGUGGGCGCGGCUGACGGAGGGUCGCCACAACGCUACGCCCUCGCCAACAUUACGAUCUACAUCAGGAAUAUGUCCGAACCCUUACACGUAUCGGUCAACAAUUCGACGGAAUCCAGCCUCGAGGUGUGCUGGUCGCCCCCCGCCCACGGCCGCCCGCAGGGGUACGUCCUCACCUACACGCCCACGACCGCCCACAAGACCUACGAGAAGGGUUCGCUCAACCUCACCCUCGAGGAGCUGCAUUCGACGCUGGUGGUCCCGGGCGCUGCCAACACCACUUCCCAGGGCGCGGCCAAGGGGGCUGGCGACGCGCUGGAAAUCUACCGCUACUGCGCCGUGGUGGGCGGGCUGGCCGGGUGGACGGAGUACAUCGUGUCCGUGCGGGCGUGGGCGGAGGGCCAGGUGUCCAUGGCCGCCUCGCCGCUCAUGGCCACCACCCGGAGUGACUACUGUGCCGUGGGCGUGUGUGGCGAAGGAACGUGUACCCUUCAGGAAGCCCCCCCUGGGUACGCCUGCGAGUGCCACCCUGGGUAUUACGGGCCUCAGUGCCAACACCACAACCCCUGUGAGCCUGUCAACCCGUGCCAGCACAUUGGUAAGUGCCUCAACCACAGCGACGGCUCCUACGCCUGCGACUGCCUCCACGGGUUCUACGGCCAGAACUGUUCGCGGAUCGACCCCUGCGCCGCCGUCUCGUCGAACCCCUGCCAUAACGGGGGUUCUUGCGUCAGGGUCAUUGAGCCAGCUCAUUUUGAAUUGCUGAUUAUAGUUUUUGAAUUAUUUAAAUUAAGUUCCGCUACGGCCAGCCAGUCCACAAUCUCACGUGCGGGAGGGACCCUGACCAUAUUCCCCGCAACAGACGACUCAGUCCUGGCUCAGGCGAAGGACAUAGCAAUGGAGGCCAAGCACAGCGGGCAGUUUACCGACACAAACGCCUUCCGGCUGGAGUGCAAACAGUGUGGGACUUUAAUCACAGGCGAAGACCAAGCGCUUGCACACGCAAAGAAAACAGGUCACAGCAAAUUCGAUGAAGUGCGCAACAAUUGA